AGAUAUUGGAACAGAUUACACGAGCCCAACUAUUGGGUUAAGUCGGCCCAACAAAUAAAAAAAAGCGUUUCGGUUCACCCAAUUUAGACCCGACCCGUCGUAGCUUUUAGUUGUUGUGUGAACUGUCAAGUUGUUGCGGCUAGAAGUAGAAGAAGAAGAACCCUAACUAAACCCAACGCCGGCCUCUCUUUCUCUCUCUCCCCGCUUCUCUCGUCGAUCGCUGACCAUGGCCAAGGACAAACUCAAGCCUCUUCUCUCCUCUGAUGCUGCAGGUGAUAUCGCUGAUACUCCUCUCCGAGAGAAGAAGCAUAAGAAGAAGAGCAAGAAGCGAGCUGAACCUGAACCUGAUAUACCCUCUACACGAGAUUCCGGUCUUGAUGAAGAUAGAGAUGGAGUAUUGGUAGAUGAUACUCUAAAUGAGCCAACGAUAGGUGAUAAACUUGAGAGUCUUGACUUAUUAAAUGGCGAAAAGGUUAACAGUGAGGAGAGUAAUAGAGAUUCUGCUCCUGGCGAUGAUAAGCCUCCUACUGCUGCUUCUGUUAACGUUCUUCUGAGACAAGCAUUGCAUGCCGAUGAUCGUUCUCUUCUACUCGACUGCUUGUACAACCGAGAUGAGCAGGUGAUUGCUAAUUCGGUUGCUAAGUUGAAUUCAGCCGAAGUACUCAAGCUUCUAAAUGCCCUUCUACCAAUACUACAAUCAAGGGGUGCUAUUUUGGCUUGUACAAUUCCAUGGAUAAAGAGUCUGUUACUUACUCAUUCUAGUGGAAUUAUGUCCCAAGAGUCAUCAUUACUCGCUUUAAACACCAUGUAUCAGCUCAUCGAAUCACGGGUUUCAACUAUUCAUACUGCCGUAGAGGUUUCAAGUGGCUUGGACUUGAUUGUGGACGACUUGGAUGAAGAAGAAGAUGAAGGUCCCGUGAUCUAUGAGGACAAGGACAGUGAUGAAGACGAAGAAGAAGGAAUAGAGGAAGCAAUGGAGACAGAUGAAGAGGCAGACGACUCAGCAGAUGAAGCUGCUGAUGGUGUGAAUGAUUUUGAAGGAUUUGACGACAUGAGUGAUUGAUAAAGCUCCUGAAAAUGGCAAAAGUUUUGAUUUGUGUGAGGCUGAUGUUAGAUGUUAAGAAUAUGGCUAAAAGGUUCAAUCUUUCGUCAAGAAGUCUGUAAUACGUAAUGGUUAUAUCGAUAUGAACGAGACUUUGUGCUAAGGAAGAGUUAAUUUUUAAGAUUAAAAAAAAAUAGACAAGAAUAAGGUGUAUCUAAAAAUGGAAAGAAUGAAGUUGGAAAGGUCAAAAAUGAUUUAGAAAAUGAUGGAUCAUAACAGCUAGAAAAGCUCUCCUUGAA